AUGGCUCUGUCCAGGGGGCUGAGGUGCUGCCAGAGAGUGCUGUCCUGGGUGCCCGUGCUCAUUAUCGCCCUGGUGGUGCUGUGGUCUUACUAUGCCUACGUGUGGGAGCUGUGCCUUGGUAAGCUGUCAUGGUGUCAGUGGUACAUUGUCUGUGCUUUCAUUGUGUGAGUGUCUGUCUGUCUGUGCAUAUAUUGUAUGUUAUUGUAUAUUUCACCUGUGUCAAUACAUUGUAUCAGCUGUUAGCUCUGUAACUACUGCUGGCUUGGGGACUUGUUUACAUGUUUGAUUACAUGUCAUUGGGAAAGCUAGUAUUUCCUGCUGGGCUCUGAUUUAACAUCCGCAUUUCAGGAUUUAUUUUCCUCCACAGAUAACAAUACAGUAAUGGUUGAUCCUCCCCCUGCUUUUUAAUACAUUUUAUUUUUAUUUAUUUUUUACUCAUUGUUAUGUAUUUUUGGGGGUGUGGGGAGAGGUGUGUUUUUGUUUUCUUUAACCCCUUAAGGACCAAACUUCUGGAAUAAAAGGGAAUCAUGACAUGUCACACAUGUCAUGUGUCCUUAAGGGGUUAAAGGGACACUAUAGUCACCUGAACAACUUUAGCUUAAUGAAGCAGUUUUGGUGUAUAGAACAUGCCCCAGCAGCCUCACUGCUCAAUCCUCUGCCAUUUAGGAGUUAAAUCCCUUUGUUUAUGAACCCUAGUCACAACUCUCUGCAUGUGACUUGCACAGCCUUCCAUAAACACUUCCUGUAAAGAGAGCCCUACUUAGGCUUUCUUUACUGCAAGUUCUGUUUAAUUAAGAUUUUCUUAUCCCCUGCUAUGUUAAUAGCUUGCUAGACCCUGCAAGAGCGUCCUGUAUGUGAUUAAAGUUCAAUUUAGAGCUUGAGAUACAAUUAUUUAAGGUAAAUUACAUCUGUUAAAGUGAAACCAGUUUUUUUUUUUUCAUGCAGGCUCUGUCAAUCAUAGCCAGGGGAGGUGUGGCUAGGGCUGCAUAAACAGAAACAAAGUGAUUUAACCCCUUAAGGACGGAGGGCGUACUAUUACGCCCUGCAGGAGCCGGCUCUAAACGCCGGCGGGCGUAAUAGUACGCCCUCACUUUAAUGGCCGCCCACGUGGCCGGCGCUAAUCGCCCGCUGCAGAUCGCGGUCGGGGGGGAUGCCCGGCCCCCCAGGCAACCCCCCCUGUGGCCGGUGACCGCGAUCUGCAGUCACUGAUCGCAGUGACAGGCUGUCACUGCGAUCAGUUUUUUAACGUGUGUCAGCCGAUUUCAAAUCGGCUGACACACGUGGCCGGCGGCUUUCUGCAAUGCAGAUCGCGGUCGGGGGACUUACCUGGCCCCCCAGGCAGUCCCCUGGGGUCAGUGACCGCGAUCUGCUAACUCUGAGAUCGCAGUGACAGGCUGUCACUGCGAUCUCAGAGCGCUCUGAUCGCAGUGACAGCCUGUCACUGCGAUCAGUGUUACAUGUGUCAGCCUAUUGGCUGACACAUGUAACUGGCACAAAGAUCCCCCUGCAGAUUGGAAGGGGGGAGUGCUUGUACCACCCAGGCACUCCCCCCUGUGGCCAAUUACCCAAUCUGCAGGAGGUGAUCACAGUGACAGGCAGUCACUGUGAUCACUGAUCCUGUGUGUCAGCCAGUGAUGUAAAAUCACUGGCUGACACUGUCUCUGCCCCCUGUCCUGUAAUAAAAAUAAAAUAUUAGUUAAAAAAAAAUUACAGUUAAAUAUAAAAUAUACUUAGAUCAUAUAUAUUAUAUAUAUAUAUGAUCUAAGUAUAUAUAUAUAUAUAUACACACACACACACACACACACACACAUUUACACAUACACGAAGUGUAUUUAAAUAUUAAUAUAUAUAAUUAUUUAUAUAUAUUACUAUCAAAUUACACGUAGACUAAUACUGAUUAAAUAUAUAUAUAUAUAAUUAUUGUUAUAUAUAUAUAUUUAUAUAUAAUAUAAAAAAAAUGUAAAUACGUAAAAAAAAUAAAAUUAAAAAAAUAAUUAAAAAUAAAUAAUAAAAAAAUAUAUAGAUGUUUGUUAUUUCGUUCUAACUGUAUUGUGAUAUUAAUAUAUAUAUAUUUAUAUCAAAAUACACGUAGAACGAAAUAAUAUAUAUAUCUAUAUACAUAAAUAUAUACAUAUAUAUAUCACUAAAUAUAUACACCUAUAUAUAAAUAAAAAUAUUUUAAAAAAUUAUAUAUAUAUAUAUGUAUAUAUACACAUAUGUAUAUAUAUAUACAUAUAUUAAUUCUACACAUAUAUUUAUGUAAUAUUUUUACAUAAUUAGGUAUCCUAAUUAAUUACAAUUAGCGGGACCUGCCUGACAACCCAUGCCGAAAGUAUAGGGAAUUUAAUUUGCUAGCACUAUAUUUAACCCUAUAACUUUCCAAGACACCAUAAAACCUGUAAAUUGGGGGUACUGUUUUACUCGGGAGACUUCGCUGAACACAAAUAUUAGUGUUUCAAAACAGUAAAAUGUAUUACAACAAUGAUAUCGCCAGUAAAAGUGAAGUUUUUGCAUUUUUCAUGCACAAACAGCACUUACACGGAUGAUAUUAUUGCUGCAAUACUUUUACUGUUUUGAAACACAAAUAUUUGUGUUCAGCGAAGUCUCCCGAGUACAACAGUACCCCUCAUGUACAGGUUUUAUGGUGUUUUCAAAAGUUACAGCGUCAAAUAUAAGGCUUGUGUUUCAUUUUUUUUCACAUUAAAAUUCGCCAGAUUGGUUACGUUGCCUUUGAGACCCUAUGGUAGCCCAAGAAUGAAAAUUACCCCUAUGAUGGCAUACCAUUUGCAAUAGUAGACAACCCAAGGUAUUGCAAACAGGGUAUGUCCAGUCUUUUUUAGUAGCCACUUAGUCACAAACACUGGCCAAAAUUGGCAUUUUUUUGCAUUUUUCACACAAACAGAUACUAACGCUAACUUUGGCCAGUGUUUGUGACCAAAUGGCUACUAAAAAAGACUGUACAUACCCCAUUUGCAAUACCUUGGGUUGUCUACUAUUGCAAAUGGUAUGCCAUUAUGGGUGUAAAUUUCAUUCCUGGGCUACUAUAAAGUCCCAAAGGCAACGUAACCAAUCUGGCGAAUUUCAAUUUCAAAUGUAACGUGCUAUAUUUGACCCUGUAACUUCCUAAAACGCCAUAAAACCUGUACAUAGGGGGUACUGUUUUACACGUGAGACUUUGCUGAAUACAAAUAUGUGUAUUUUAUUGCAGUAAAAGCAAACCGUAUUAUGACAUUGACAGUUAAAAUGUCAUGUAGAACUAAAAAAAUUAAAAAAAUCUUAUUUUCUCCCAUUUUUCAUAUUAAAUUAUGUUUCAUAGCUAAAUAUUUGAUAUUAAAUGAAAGCCCUGUUUCCCCUGAAUAAAAUGAUAUAUAAUAAGGGUGGGUGUAUUUACUAUGAAAGAGUUGAAUUACGGUUGGACAGACAUGUAGCGCAAAUGCCAGGUUUUGUUUACAUUUUGUUUCGUUCACACUGUGUACAUUUGGCUCCGUCCUUAAGGGGUUAACUCCUAAAUGACAGUGAAUUGAGCAGUCAAAUUGCAGGGGAAUGAGCUAUACACUAAAACUGCUUUAUUUAGCAAAGUUAUUUAGGUGACUAUAGUGUUCCUUUAAAUGUAUCUUUGGAGUCUGGGGUUUUACUGCUGUCAUGCAUACUUUUGCUCAUUUUGAUUUGUGUAUUUCUACACUUUGAUAUUUCUUCCUUUUUAGAGUGUAAGGGCUUUUGGAUUUUAAUAUUGUUUGCCUUUAACGUAACACCCUUUGUAAUAUUAGUACUUUAGAUUAAAACAUAUAAUAUACACUUGCAUGCAAGAACGAGAAAGCGGAAAGCAAAACUCAAUUUGGCACAGGUGUAUUCACAAUUAUGUUAAUUAUACAACUAUUUAUUGUACAUUGGCAUAUCCAUUGGGAGCCAAUGUGUUUGUAUCUGGGGACGUGCAUGUUUUACACGUAUGUUCUCCGUUUAAAUUAGUAGUUUAUCGAGGUAACUUGACAGAUACACAGAAACAGCAUGAGUGGUCAGAAAUGGGUUAAAGAGACAAAGUAUACAAUUCAAUAAGUAGAUGGCAAAUUUCCGAUUGUACAGGCGUAUUUAAUAGGAGAAAUAAAUACUCUGCAUUAAUAAACAGGUUCUCAGGGAGUGUUAUGGGAAUGUUUUAUAAAAAUGGGGAAACACAGAAGGGAACAAGUUGUAUUUGUGAAUCUUGAUGAUUGAAAGUGGGCUUUUGUUCUUUGACAUGCGUGAGCCUAUGUCAGGUUUGGGGAUCAAUAUUUGACAGUGCUACAAAAAAAAAAAGAAUAUCAAGGUUGCUUUAGGCCUAGAACUCUGUAGGAUGACACAUUUUAUUGUGUUCAUCCUAUCGUUUGAGGUUCCUACAACAGCGGUUAAGGGAGCACUCCAAACACUGGAACCACUACAACCUGGUGUAGUAGUUAUGGUGCCAAAAGUGCCGUGACUACCUCUAAGAAAAAGUAGUCAAACUGUCUGCAAAUGGUUUGAUAACUUCUCUUGGGGAUGCCUGUCACCUCGUCUUCUGCUGAUGAAACUGAAGUAACAUUAGUCAAGCACAGCAUGGCAGAACUUUAGAUCGGUGGAAUUAACAGAAGCUAAUAGCAGGAGCUUCCAGCUCCAGAAGAGGCUGUGAGUUGCACCUGACAGACCAGACCACAGGUAAGUCCUCAAACUGUUCACAAGAAGCUUGGCUACUUGUCGUGGGAAAGGUGCCAGGGGCACUGCAGCCACCAUAAUCACUGCAGCAGGCUAUAGUGGUUAUGGUGCUUGAGGUAUUCCACUAAACACAGUUCCUGUUUUUGUAGCAUUGGUAGAAAUACAAGUGGAGUUAUAUAAUGACUAGGAAAAAUUCCGAGUUUAAAGUGAAUUUCAAAUUUAAGGCCAUAGUAGCUGAACUGAAAGCAUACCUGCCUUGGAGAAUAUUUCCAGUUUGGCUAUUUUGACCUUAGAUUUGAAAGGCACUUUGAAUUCUCUCUUUAGUAAAUAUCUGUAUCAUUAUUAUUAGCUUUGUAACUGUUUGAUCCCUUAAAGACCAAGCUUCAGUUUUAUGGCGUUUUUGCUAUGUGUGUGUUUAACUGUAGUUUCCAUCUUUCUCAUUUAUUGUGCAAACACAUAUAUUUGAUGUGACAUAUAAGAUACAAUUUUUCACUUAAUGUUUACAAAAUUAGUGCAGCUUAAUUGCACACUUUAGUGUUAGGAAUGCAAAACUAAAGUUUUUCUCUGCCUUCCCAUUACUUGCGCCCUCCCCCACCUGCAAAUAAAAGUUUAACAAAACCAUUUUACACUCGCCAAGCGGGAACUUGAUGUGCAGUGAGUGCCACUCACACAUUAGACCUUCACCAUAGGAGAGCAUUGAUUCAAUGCUUUCCUAUGGGGGAUUUGAAGAUGCUGGAUGUCCUUCUACAAAGUAAUCCUCAUCCAGCAGUCAAACUUCGUGAAACAGCAGGAUGUUUUAGAUUGCAGAGUUAAGGGGACAGGGACAUGGCAGUCAGACCACUUCAAUGAGAUGAAGGGGUGUGGGUGCCUAUAGUGUCACUUUAAGAAAAGUAAUUUUAAAAAUAAUUCAUUUAUUUGUUCUGAUUUACAGAGUACAUCAUAUGUCUAGGAUUUCAGUUUAUUAUUGGUAGUCUCUUGUCAGGAAAUAUAAGGAGCGAAAUACAAUUUCAAUGUGGAACAAGUUUAGAAUUUGGCAUUUUUGCCUUAUAAAUUCACAGAAAUCAAAAUUGUCACACAAAAGUAUUUUUAUAAAUGCAUCACAGGAUAUUUACCGAGGCUUAUUUUGACAUGUUUCAAUCCUGUGCAAUACCCCAAAUUGUGUUCAGAUACCUUUACAGAGGACAACAAUACCCCAAGUAUGCUUUUGUCACUAUACUGUAAAGUUACAGUGCCAUGUAAGAGACCAGACAAUAUUCAUUUACAAUUAGAAUUUUGAAAGGUGAAUUUGAUGCGUUUUGUGUUACAAUUUGGGGCUUUGUAGCAGUUUGACUGUUCAAAUUACAUCAAAAGGAAUACCAUUUGUGAAAGUGCACACUCCAUGGUAUGUCAUAUGGUGUAUAUUGUGCCUUAUUAUGCCACCACUUUUUCACCAGUUUUUCAGCAGAGGGAUUCCUUGCUGGUCCUAAUCCUAAUACAAAUCCUAAACCUAACCAUAGCCCUAAUCCUAGCAAUAGUGUUGAUUUCAUCAGCCUUGCUCGCAUCAGCGCUCUGCACUUUAUAAUUGUACCAUGAAAGGGACCCCUCACAUGCUGCAAGUAUAAAACCGCAACAGUCACACAUCACAAGGACCGGGUUCAGCCACAGUAACUUAAAGGGCUCUAUGCAGUUCUCACUUUGACAGAAGUGUUCUUAAAGGAACACUAUAGUGUUAGGAAUACAAAACUGCUUUCCCAUGGGGAUUUGGAGCAGCAUGACGAUGUCCAGCGUCGUUUCACGGAGUUAAAUUGAGUGAAACUGCAGCAAGCACCUCUAGUGGCUGUCUGAGAGACCGCCACUAGUGGCAGUCGUAACCCUGCAAUAUAAGCAUUCUGUAAAACUGCAAUGUUUUAGAUUGCAUGGUUAAGGGGACAGGGACACUGCACCUAGACCAGUUCAAGGACAUGAAGUGCUCUGGGUGAGUAUCUUUAGGGGGAUAAAUAAUGUAGACAGAAUGGUUGAAACAGGCAAUGCAAAUAGAAAGAAAUAAUUUUGGUUUCAGUAAAUUGAAUCUGAUAGGCGUUAUUUUGUAAUGCACUCUUUCUAUUUUCCUCCACAGUAACUGUAACAUACCCAUUGGAAAAAGGUAAGUGAUUGCUAUAUGUAAUAUAUAUAUAUAUAUAUAUAUAUUUAUUUAUUUUAAUUACUGGUAAUGUAAUUCAUGCGUGUGUUAAAUGUAGGACAACCAUAUUCCUUUUCAAAGGCAAAGUUAUUUGUAAGACGCUUGGAUAUCAGCUUGACUAAUUUUUUCAAAAUACAAACAGUUUUCUCCCCCAAACGAAUCGUGUCUGCUUUCAGUCUUGAAAACGGGCAGUGGUUCAACCAGUGACAUCAUCAGGUAUGUCUGUAUUGCUGUCUUUUUUAUUUUUUUUUUAUUUUUUUUUUACUAAAUAAAUUGAUUAUACUGAUAUGGAGAGAAAACAGGUCUCUGCCUCUAAAGGAAUAGUCAGAGAUUCUCAGGUAAAGAUGCAGUCUGAUGAACUAGUUCCUCUGUAGACUACAUAAUGUAUGGCCCAUGAUCACUCCCAGCCUAUCAUUUAUGGUCUACUUUUGAUCAUAUGCCAUCGGUUUAUAAAUACAGAGUGCUUAUGCCAUAACACAAAAUAAAUUUUUGUAAGAUUGGUAAUUUAUGGGUAUUUGUUGUCUUUGGGAGCUAGGAAUACAUGGGACGCAAAUUUGGCCCUUCGUGUAAACCUGAAUGGUAAAGCUACAAAGACACAACAUUUUACAAUUUUUAUCAUACUUAUUUACAGUGUCUGUAUGUUUUAAAGAUUUCAUAUUCUAAUCAUGUGCUGCUCCCAGGGUAAAACGGUAUAGGAGCCAGUAGGCACUCUGUGAGGGAAAGUCAUUGGAAUGUUUAUUUGGCACAUUUGCCAAUAAAGUUGUCGUUGCUUGUCUUAGACUAGUGUCUUGUUAAUUAUCUUGAUUUUUGUGUUUUUUGUUUUUUUCUUUCUUUCCAUAGUUAUAUACCUUAUCAUUUUCCAUGCUGUUUUUCUGAUCUUUAUUUGGACAUACUGGAAAGCAGUUUUUACUCCCCCAAAGCAACCAAGUAAAAAGGUAAGAAGCCUUUUGUGAAAGAUAGAGUUGUGUCUCAAAGUAUAUGAUAGUUUCCAUGAUGGCGUCGUGCCCAAAACAGUUUUGUGAAAGAACAUUUUGUAGACUUAAAGCUCUCCCACCUUUUGGGGUCUUUGCAUAUUUUGCAAGGAUCUCCAAUGAUUACACAGGCGCAUGGUGUGUGGUUGCCCGGGGGUGCGGCAUAGGUGAGGUAUAAAUGUAUAAUGCUGCCCCUGCGAGUGCCGCCAUCUCCUUUCUUCAGCUACAGGCUCUUUAUCCUCCAGGAGCCCCCAUCAGUGCUCUAUUUUCGUGCAACACUGAUGUCUGUGUCCUACAAGAUAACCGGAAACUCCAUAGAUAUUGUCUCAUGGCAGCGAGACCAUGUCCAUUUCCCACUGCCGUCACUAUGGGGGAAUAAAACUUUGAUGGUGAUAGCUCUGCCUUUUGUCAAGUGGAGGAAAAAUACAUCAAAGUACCUUUUUUUUAUUUUUUAUUUUUAUUUUUUUAUUUUUUUUUAUAUAAUGAUCUCUUUUGAAUGUAUUAGAACUUAAGUGAAAUUCCAACAAAGUCAAUGUGAAUAUGUCAUAAAGAGUUUCUCUAUGUAAUACUCACAAUGUGGGGUGGGAUUGUCCCUUUGACAACAUUAAUAAAACACUGAAAUUCACCUAUAACUUAUGACAUGUUAAGUUUUCUUUUACAUUUAUAUUAAAACAUUUUCAGAUGACAUCGUAACCCAGUUCAGACAGGGCAACGAAAGGACAAACAUUGCAAAUGAAGAGAAAAUUAGAACCAUUAUGUAAUUUCUCCUUUCUCUAUGCUGAUGGCACUUAUAACAAUAAUUGGCAGGGAGCUAAUGUGGAUUUCUACAUUUAAUUUUAUUUUUCACACCUCACAAAUACAUAUUUGUUAAAUACAGGGAUAAGUAAACAUAUUAAUACAAACCCUAGGAAAUGACGGUUCCCCUAUAAACCAAUUAAAGCCAAGUUCUAACACUUCUAAAGUAAACCCCAAACUGUAGUAAACUGAAAAGUAAAUUGUAAAGUUUAGGCUUAAAAUAGCCAACCUGGGACUUUAGGAGAGUUGAAGACGUUUUCUAAAUCAACCAAAUGUUGCAAUUUAAAAGUCUAUUUUUGUUUUUCAAAUCAGUCUUCACCCUGUAAAGCAUAGAAAGGUAUGAGCAGUGAUAUAGUAUUUGUUAUAUUAUGUGCUGCUCUGUGAUUCAGAUGGGCCCUGAUCCAAUUCAGGCUUGGUGAUUGUUUGUGACUCUGUAUGUAAUUGUGGUUUCAGUUUUUGCUGUCCUAUGCAGAAAAGGAGCGAUAUGAUAAUGAGGAAAGUCCAGACGCUCAGAAGCAAAUACUGGCGGAGUUUGCAAGGAAAUUGCCAGUUUACACCAGGACUGGGAGUGGAGGUCAGUAUAUCCCUUUCCAUUUAUGGGUCUUGGAGGAAAUGUUCCCUUUCCCAGAUCCUACUACAGUCUUUACAGUCCCUCGCAACCUUCACAGACUUGUUUUAAGCAAGAGAAAUAUAACCACAGUCAGAAGUCCAGAUGCAGUAUCUCAUUUGCAGGUUUGA